UCCAGACUUUUAUAACCUUGUGGAUUUUUACACCACACAUCUAUACAGAGCCAGUGAGAAAUCUUUACCAUUCAACAUCCAAAAAAAUAUCUUACAAAAUGAAGGAGGAACAUCUAAGGGGAAAGAGGAACUUCAAGAUCAAACUGAUAAGAACCACAACGAAAAGUUUAACAUUAAAAGCAUCUUACAAAUGAAAAAAACAGCAAACUAAUGAUACGUGAUGGUAUUGAAAUAAUAUUUACUGAAGACUUCAGGAUAAAAAGUGGCAACAUUAGAGAAUGUGUCAUAAUUCAACACAAACAAAUGUUACAGUGAUUUUCUUGAAAGAAUCUUAAAUAUUCAACGUUAAGAUGUUUUUAAAUCAACGCACUUUUGUUAUUUAACAAUCACAGAAACUCACCUGAAAAUCUUAAAUCAAUCCCAUGUUGCUGAAUAAAUAGUAAUAUUUUCCAAUUUGUGAUGAAAAAUGUUCCAUAAAAUUAACAUUUAGAGAUGUUUCAUUCAGUACAGUUUGCUUUUAGGAAACCCCUCAGCCUCAUCCACAGACUCUGACUCUUCCCUGCCAUUAAAAACGACACUUUCCGAUCAGCUAACGGCUCCGGUUGGAAUUCUAUUUUGUUCAUUUCUGCCCCCCCCAUAACGCCACGUGUCAAACGAACAGGGUGAAAGAUCUCACACAGCGCCUAUUUUUGAAACACGGCAGAUGUGGCCAUUGGCUGAGGCGCUUAAUCCUGAAAUCAUGGGUCUGAUACAAGCGAGGAUUUAGCCUCCACCAUGAUACUAACAUCUGUCCACGUCCCCUUUCAAGCUCCCGGGCUCAGGCCAGGCAGGAACGGAGGACUGUCGGCGGCGUCCCUUCACUAAAGCCAAGGAAAACGUCAAGAGAAGAGAAACACCAUGGGGAAGGCGGGGAGUAAAGUUCUUCUGGAAGCGUCAGUGGAUGGGGUUCAAACACAGCCAAAUCCAGCCCUGGUCGCUCCUGCCCCCCCGGCUGCUGCCCUCCCCUUUGAAGAAGUCUCCAAAAGCAAAACCAUGAAGGUGAAAUGGAGCCAGGUGGGUCUGGUGUUCUUCCUCGUGGUGUCCCUGGUGAUGACCGGCUGCUUCCUCUGGCAAUACCAGCUGCCAAAGGUUUUGCCCGACGAGGAUAUGGGGAGAAAUGCCAACUCAGAAACGAUGUGUCCUCGCUUCCCAGAGCCGCUCCCUCUGGAGCAUCCCAUCCCGAGCCUCAAAGAAGCUCUGGAAAAGGUUGAUAUUUUGCUUCGAAAAACCAUGAACCCCGUCAGCCUCCCGGCUCUGUCUGCCAUCGUCAUCCUGAACGACACAGUGUUGUGGACCGGGAACUUUGGAAAGAGGAAUGCCAGCGACCCUUUAUCAGGACCCCCAAAUGAGUACACAAUCUACAGGAUCGCCAGCUUGUCCAAGAUUUUCCCAACGCUGAUGUUGUACAGACUGUGGGAGGAUGGGAAAAUCGGCUCCUUGGACGAUCCUUUAGAAAAAUAUGUGGAGAACUUUACCAUAAAAAACCCGCUGGGGAAGACACGAGACUCUGAGCUGAAGUACGUGACGGAUGGUCUGAUAUUCCUGGACAGCGGGGAGGUUCCCAUCCGCUCAUCUUCAGUCACGCUGCGCAGGAUGGCCAGCCAGCUCUCAGGUUUACCCAGAAGGCUCCGGGGCACCAAUCUGCUGUGGAAAGGAAAAACACAAUCUGCAAUAAACCUGCUGCAGGAUGACGUCCUGGUUGCAGAUCCAGGAACAAAGUGUCACUACAGCAACCUCGCUUUCUCUCUGAUGGCUCACGUUCUGGCAGAGCGGGUGGCUGGAGUUGACUACCAACGAUGGGUCACAGACAACAUCUUGGACCGGCUCGGUAUGGAGGACACUGGCUUUGACCUGACCCCUGGGUUACAGGCCCAGGUAGCCGUCGGGGUGUAUUCUAACGGAAAGCCUGCUCCGAUCUAUGACCUGGGCUGGUACCGGCCCUCCGGUCAGAUGUUCUCCACGGCCGCCGACAUGGCCAAACUUGCCAUGGUGCUUCUGGGAGCUUAUCACCGUAAAGUGUUGGAGCCAGACUCACUGAAGAUCAUGCUAACCCCGCUCUUCAGGUGCGAGAAGGACUACUUUGCAAAUCGGACUGGGACACCGUGGGAGGUGAAUGAGCUGAUGGGCUACGAGCUGGUGCGAAAAGAUGGAGAUCUAGACGGCUACUCUGCCACGUUUUCUCUGAUCCCCAGACUGAAGCUUGGCCUGGUGGUCCUCAUGUCCGGCACCAGGUCGCAGAAGAAGGAUUUGGUCACGAAGGCGUACGGAUAUAUCAUUCCAGCUCUGGAGAAGGCCUUCAGGGAAGCCAAGAAGGUUCUCUCUGCCCCUCCGAGCCCAGAUCCAUACAUUGGCUUUUAUACAUACAGCAACAUCACUUUCUAUGAAAUCAAAGCGGGAGCAGACGGAGUUUUGAUCAUGCAGCAGUUUGGCCCACAGAUCGAAGAGCUGAUCCCAGAGAGGUACAGGACCAUAAAGCUCAACUAUCUGGUGGAGCGAGUGUUCAGAGUUGUAUUCGAGAAGGAAUACCCGUGUGUUCUGCAAGUGGGAGCAGCCUCCGUGUCUCUGGAAGCACAAGACGGUCAAUUAUUCAACUUCUAUGUGUUCAAUAAGCAGGGUUUGUCUCCUGGCUUUGACGCACCUGGACUGAACACGUACAACGUGGUCAGAAUAGCCCGCAGGCCAUCCUUUUCCAGCUGAGACGCCUAAGGACAGACGGGGGACGCCGUAUGGAGAAAGGCCAAUGCUGAAAGUAGAGUGUUAGGGUGAACUUCUGAGAACUGCAGCUCCACAAAGUUUGAGCAGACAGAAGAUGAGUUUGUUUCUGUGUACAUAGAUCUUCUCCUCACAAUCGUCCAGGAUAGACGUUCACUCCGUGGCGAUCUGACUGAUUGCGCUCUUCCUGCCUUUGUCUAAACUGAGUUCGCCCUGUGCGGAUUCAGAGGUUAAUUCUUCUGCUGCCGCUGCGGUCACAAUCUGUUAGCCGUCAGGAGCAGAAUCGAUAAGUGAACUCAACAUUAUUCAGCCGUGUCGCUGUUCUCAAAACGAGGCUCACUAAAAAGAUGCAGAAGAUGGAAGAAUGUGCUGUAAAGCAGUGUUCCCCAACCCCCAGGGAGUUGGUACCGGGCCACACAAAAGAAGGAGAAACAUGACCCACAAUUUUCUGUUUUAUUUAUAAUCUGAUUCUGAAGAGGUUUUACAGCGGGGAAAAUAAGUAUUGAACACGU